AUUGUCUACUGAAGUGUGAAGUUAGAGUGAGUUUGUUGCUGUGGCUGAAACAACAACCUCAAUUUGAACAUGAAGUGCUACAAAUUAUGUACCUCAACUUUUAACACCACCUUCUCCCCUUUCAAUGAUAAUCUCUGCACCGGUUACCUUCUUACUCCUUCCUUCCAUAACCAGAAACCAAAACUUAUAGCUCAUAAUUUCAAACCCCAUUUUCUCCUAUGUGCUUCUCUUCCUAGCCCACAUGCUAGUAGCAGUGCUUCCAUGGCUCAAGUGGAGGAGCAAGCAGAGACUGAAAUCGCAAAGGGUUACACUAUGACUCAGUUUUGUGACAAAAUGAUAGAUUUAUUUUUGAAUGAGAAAACCAAAUCAAAGGAUUGGAGGAAGUACUUGGUAUUUAGGGAGGAAUGGAAGAAAUACAGGGAUAGCUUCUUCAUUAGGUGCCAAAGAAGGGCUGAUAUGGAGAAUGACCCAAUAAUUAAGGAAAAAUUUACUUCAUUGGGGAGAAGGGUGAAAAAGAUUGAUGAUGAAAUGGAAGAACACUAUGAACUUCUCAAGGAGAUACAAGAUUUUCCGACCGACAUUAAUGCCAUAGUUGCACGAAGGCGCAAAGACUUCACAGGAGAGUUUUUCCGCUACCUAUCUCUUAUUGCAGACACUUACGACAGCUUGGAGGAUCGUGAUGGGAUUGCUAGGCUUGGUGCUAAAUGCUUAUCUGCCGUCAGUGCAUACGAUAAUACUUUAAAAAAUAUGGAGACGUUAGAUACUGCGCAGGCCAAAUUUGAUGAUAUCCUCAAUUCUCCUUCGAUUGACAUAGCUUGUAAGAAAAUCAAAAGCCUUGCAAAGGCAAAAGAACUUGAUUCUUCAUUGAUAUUGUUGAUAAGUGGUGCUUGGGCUAAAGCGAAAGAAUCUACAACAAUGAAGAAUGAGGUGAAAGAGAUAAUGUACCAAUUGUACAAGGUCACAAAGAGCAGCCUAAGGACUAUUGCUCCAAAAGAAAUAAAGCUACUGAAGCAUUUGUUAAACAUCAUAGAUCCUGAGGAGCGAUUCUCUGCCUUGGCAACGGCUUUCUCCCCUGGCGACGAACAUCAAGCCAAGGAUCCUAAUGCUUUAUACACGACCCCGAAAGAGCUGCACAAAUGGAUUGAGAUAAUGCUUGAUGCAUAUAAUCUGAACAAGGAAGAAUCAGAUUUGAGAGAAGCUAGAAAGAUGACCGAUCCAAUAGUUAUUCAGAGGUUGUUUAUUCUCAAAGAUACCAUUGAGAAGGAAUAUAUGGAAAAUAACACAGUUCAGAAGACUGAGACAGAAGAUGGCUCUCAAUCAGAACUGUUUUAAGUAGCUCGUCAUAAGUUUGUUUCCCGUUCGUGACACCUUUUUCGAUCGAGAGAAGCGCGAGGCAGGGUUGAAGUGGAGAUUCAAAUAUUUGUAGAGUAGUUUGUAUAAGAGGAGAAGAGGGGUAUCUCGUAUUCGAACAUGUGCCUCGGCAUAUAAAAUGUCCAUGCAGCUACUUUGAUUAACUGUAAAAAUUCACUAGUUAUUUAACAUGAUUUAGAUGUUUUUAUUUACUA